CGCGGCGCCCGCUGCCUGUUCCCGUCGGGCUGCGGGCAGGGCCGCCAAACGCAGCCCGCUGCGUGCCAGCUCUGCCUUUCUGCUGGGAAUCGCUCCUGACUUACAGAACCGCGGCCCUGUUCCUAUUUCCCUAUUUCUUUGACGUUGCGUUGCUAACGUGGACAAGCCUGCUUACGGAGCGUUUAAUGUUUUACGUAACACCAGACCAGGAAAACGCUCAGCUCCUAUUACCCAACUGCUUCUAUUGGUUUUCUUUCUUUUUUACUUUUCCCCUGUAGACUUAGAGCAGCAGGAAGCUGAGAAAUGAAGUCAGAGCUUGUUUCAGAAAGGAACUGGGGCUGGAUUGUUUCAGAAGUCCCAGGAUUCCAACAGGAAAAUUUUCUUGCUCUUGUGUCUGGGCAGCUCCUCAGGAUGGCAAGUAAAGGACCUGCAACUUCUACAUCAACAAAGAGCUCCAGUACUGGAGGGACCAGUGGCAGCAGCAGCAGUAAUGGUGCUGGGGACAACACUAAUCAGGACAACACUUUUGAAUGUAACAUCUGUUUAGACACUGCCAAGGAUGCAGUUAUCAGCUUGUGUGGACAUCUCUUCUGCUGGCCUUGUUUACACCAGUGGUUAGAGACCAGGCCAAACAGGCAAGUGUGCCCUGUUUGCAAAGCAGGAAUCAGUCGAGAUAAAGUUAUUCCUCUGUAUGGAAGAGGCAGCACUGGACAACAGGACCCCAGAGAGAAAACUCCACCACGACCCCAAGGACAGAGACCCGAACCAGAGAACAGAGGGGGAUUCCAAGGCUUCGGGUUUGGAGAUGGUGGCUUCCAAAUGUCAUUCGGAAUUGGGGCGUUUCCCUUUGGUAUAUUUGCCACAGCAUUCAACAUAAAUGAUGGGCGACCUCCUCCAGCUGUUCCAGGGACUCCUCAAUAUGUGGAUGAGCAGUUCCUAUCCCGCCUCUUCCUGUUUGUGGCUCUGGUGAUUAUGUUCUGGCUGUUGAUUGCAUAAAUCGUUUCCAUUAUUCUGUAUAUUCAUAGCCAGAAAGGCUACUGAAACAGUUACAAACUGCUUCCCAUCCCAUUUUAAACCUCUUGGUGUCCGGUUCCAUAGCUAACCAUGGGUUUCAGAAAUUGGUACCACAGCACAGUGAAGAGUCUCACAUUUUGCACCACAGUUGGAAAUUAAACAUUGGUUAAAACGUAUUUCAGCUCGGCUGUCUUGUACAACAGGUUCCUGCCACAAACCCUGGGCCUAGCUUUGAGCUCUGCUCCUAAAAGGAGUGCUGCUUUGAAAUCCUGUGCCAAUGAGUUACAACAGGUUUAUGUGAAAGACAAUUGCUCCAAGGUAGACUGGACAGGUAAGGAAACUUCUGCAGCACCGUCAGUAUCUUGUGCUCGGCAAACACGGUGGAUCUGCCAGCGCUGUGGGUGUUACUCAGUUUCUUCAGUCAACAUCCAGCCUUCUUCAGGAAAUCAUCCGUAGCACAGCUGAGACUCCUUGGGCACAGCACGUGAUGCAAAUGGAACCAAGUACAAGAGACUGGUUUCUUUUCUUGCUGUUGUUUCCCACAGCAGUGGAAAACUCCUGCCUGAAGCGGCUCUAAUGGCGAUUAGAAGAGAUACUAAUUUAUGCUGCAAUUUUUUUAAAGCCUGAAUUUGCUGGAGCCAGACACUGGAAGAUUCUCUCAUGAAGCUGGGUGAGGUUGCUGAACGCUAGGACGUACCUAUCUGCCUCACCCAGCCCAGCUCCUCACUGACAUACCAGUGUUGUCUUCCUUGGUUCUGUGCAGCAGCAGCCUGUGGUUGCACUGACGGAUCAUCCCCUGCCACUGCAGCUACAUUUCUUUCUCCCAGGGCUGUGAGACUUUCUACACGAAGUCGUGUACUCCAAAUAAAAUCCUAUUAAUGACCUGAAGUCAACUUGUUUGGGGAGAGGAACGAGGGCCAUCUUCAAGUGAGAUCAGAGCUGAAAUUUGGCAUACUGUAAAAUCACACAGGAGGAAAAAUGAGAUCCUGCACAUGCCACAGCAGGGAACACUCGGAAGAGCUUCUCUGCGCAGCCACGUACAGCUACAACACGCCACAGAAUGGCUACAGUGCAAGAGUCUCAUCAGUAUCUACCAAAGACAUUAAUUUGAAGUGCUGGAGGAGACCACAAGCAUCUCUGUGCCGAGAAGAGAAUAUUUCAGCAGGUGAGCGCUCUGUAGCCCACUGGGAAUCGUGUUGGGUGUACAGCUUUAAGAGUAUUCCUGAUGUAUUUGUAUAGAUUCCUUCAGAAGAGCGGAUACGAGGGAUUUCCUAACGAGAUGAACAAUUUUGAUAUUUCUCUGACUAGGCAACUCCAUGUUCUUCUUUCUUCUAUUGUUUUUAGAUCGUUUUGAUUCAGAUCACUGGUAGUCACGAUGAUUUUCCUGCAAGAUGAAUAUGGUGACUUCCCUCGCCAUAGACAUACAAACUGACAGAGCAAAUCGAGUCUUAGAAACUUUGUUUCCAUAGUUAAGCUUGUUAACAUGUGUACCGUUAAAGUUCCCGGGCAGGGCACCUCGAUUAAUGGUAGGUUAUUUGUGUAACUAUAAGAUGUUCGCUUUGGGUAGGGGCAGGGGGUGAGCGAAGCGUCCCUUGCCUCCCUCCAAACCCUGACGGGCAGUGGGAGGCAGGCUGGAUUUCCCGGACGGAAAGCUCUUCUCCCGGCCGUCGCAGAACGGAGCCGUCUGGCAGCGUUCCCGCGGUGCGCUGACCUGUCCCGGUGUGCGUUUGUAUCGUACCGCUCCCCGUAUUCGGACUGCGCGCAGCCGGUGGCGGCUCGUUCAGUGCAUUAUUACCAUGACCGUUCACUAAUUUUCACUGUUGUGAAAGUGAUUUA